UUUUUUUUUGGGUGCAAAGAGAAAAAAAAAAGUGUGAUUCUUUGGAGCAUCAAUGGCGACGGAGUACGAGCGCAAAAGAUUGGAGAACAUAAGACGGAACGAUGAGAUGAUGGCGGCUCUUAAUGUCCGUGCCAAGGCUUCUUCUCUUCUCUCCGCUAAAUCUAAAUCAUUUACGAAGAAGAAGAAGAAGCCCAAACCUGAAACACCCGUCGUUAUUCGACAGUCUCUACGCACCAGAGGCUUGAAUCCAGAUUCCGGUGGCUUACCCGAUGGGUUCUCUGAUUAUCUCACCAAAACCACACCUUCUUCUUCUUCUUCUAAGAAGCAAUCGCCACGUCUAUUGGCUCCUCUGCCCUUCGAUUCCGCUUAUGAAGAAGGUGAUGGUUCCUAUACGAAAUUGGUUGAUACUCUUUUGGCUUCUGCGAGUAAUUCUUGUAGACGCAGUUUGGUUAAGGGCGAAACUGGAUCGGUUAAGGAUGAGAACGAGUCUCCUCCUAUGGUGAGCACUAGGAGUACUUCUCGUGCAUCUAAAGUUUCUGUUAAAAAGGAAGAGCCAGAAGAUGAUUCCUUGAGUGUUUGUGUGAAGAAGGAAUUUGAUUUUCCGGCUAAGGCUGAGAAAAUUGAGUUUGAGGAUGGUUUUGAUCAGAUCCGCUUAGAAUCGCGUAAUGUAGCCCGUGUUGUGCCUGGGAGGAUUUUUGUUGUCGAAUUCUUACCUUGCCAGAAUGUUAAGAUGAUCGCUGCAGGUGACAAACUAGGGAAUGUUGCCUUUUGGAAUUUGGAUUGUGAUAGUGAGGAAGAUAACGAUGGCAUAUAUCUAUUCACCCCUCACUCAGCACCAGUUUCAUCUAUUGUGUUUCAGCAAAACUCUUUAUCAAAGCUUAUUACCAGCAGCUACGAUGGUCUUAUCCGGUUGAUGGAUGCCGAGAAGUCGGUUUUUGAUUUGGUAUAUUCCACAGACGAACCUAUAUUUUCACUCUCCAAGAGACCAAAUGAUGACCAAAGCUUAUACUUUGGCGAGGGAAACAGAAUGCUCAAUGUUUGGGACCUCCGAGCAGGAAAAUCAGUUUCCCAUUGGGAUUUACAUGAACUCAGGAUUAACUCUAUAGACUUCAACCCGCUAAAUCCCCAUGUCAUGGCUACAAGCUCCUCAGAUGGAACUGCUUGCCUUUGGGACUUGAGAAGCAUAGGAGCCAAAAAGCCGAAAUCAUUGACUACUGUAAAUCAUUCUAGGCCCGUCCACUCUGCUUAUUUCUCACCUUCUGGCCUUUUACUUGCAACUACAAGCCUUGACAACUACAUUGGUGUUCUAAGCGGCAUCAAUUUUGAGAAUACUUCCAUGAUAUAUCACAAUAAUAACACCAGCAGGUGGAUCUCCAAAUUCAAGGGAGUGUGGGGGUGGGAUGAUUCAUACAUCUAUGUCGGCAAUUUGUCAAAAAAGAUUGAUGUGAUCAAUCCAAAACUGAAGCGAACAGUGAUGGAACUGCAGAACCCUCUGAUGAGAGCUAUUCCAUGCAGAAUAUGUUGUCAUCCAUAUAAUGUUGGGACGCUUGCAGGAUCCACAGCUGGAGGACAGGUCUUUGUAUGGACAACAAAGUAGGCGUAAUAUUACAAUUUUUCGAUCAUCACAAGGUGUUGUGUUGUUUUGUUGUCUCUUACACAAUGUAAAAAGACUAAGAAUUGAGGUUCUUUUCAAAAUGUAGCUUUAGUAGAAUGAAUAUUCUUCUUGGGUUUUGGAUC